GGCCCCCUACGCGCGGGCGGCCGCCUCCCCCGCCUCCUCCCCCGGUACAUGGCUGGCGGGCCGUACUUGUCACGGUGUCACAUCCUCCCCGCCGGCUGCGGCCCCAACUUCCCCACCAGCUCGGCUGCCGCCGCCGCCCGGGGCCACCGCAGCGGCAUGGGAUAGAGCACAGCCGCCUCAGCGCCCGGCCGCCGCCUCCGUCGCGCAUCCCGGCGCCUCGCCGCACGCUCAUUUUAAAUUCGUUUUCCCCCUCGCUCUCCCUCUCCGGUUUAAAUUCUUUACCCGUGUGUGCCCCUCCGCUGUCUCUUAGCCCCCCGCCGCCGCGUCCCAUCUUUCCGUGGACAACUCCUCCUCCCCCCCCCUCCCCAAAUUUGGCUGCCCCUCGCUCCCCUCAGCGCUUCCCCGCAACGAUUCUCAACGGCCCUCGCCGCGGAGACCCCCGGAGCGGAUAUAUGUUGGGGAAAGGAGGAAAGCGGAAGUUUGACGAGCAUGAAGAUGGGUUGGAAGGCAAAGUGGUGUCUCCUACUGACGGUCCCUCUAAGGUGUCUUACACCUUACAGCGUCAGACUAUCUUCAACAUUUCCCUUAUGAAACUUUAUAACCACAGGCCAUUAACCGAGCCGAGCUUGCAAAAGACAGUUUUAAUUAACAACAUGUUGAGGCGAAUCCAGGAAGAACUCAAGCAAGAAGGCAGCUUGAGGCCCAUGUUCAUGACCGCUUCACAGCCCGCCGACCCUCUCAGCGACAACUUCCGCGAGGCCCCGCCAGCCUUCAGCCACCUCUCCUCCCAGCCCCUUCUCCCCACAGACUUGGUAAGCACUACGCCCCUGGAGUCUUGCCUCACCCCAGCCUCUUUGCUCGAGGACGACACUUUUUGCACUUCCCCGACUGUCCAGCACGAUGGUCCGACGAAACCGCCGCCUCCCGCUCUCCAACCAGUAAAGGACAGCUUCUCCUCAGCCUUGGACGAAAUCGAGGAGCUUUGUCCAGCACCUACCUCCGCAGAGGCAGUAGCAGCCGAAACAGGAGCCGGUGACUCCAGAGACCACCCCAGCGAGUCCGGCGCUCAGAAGCCCGAGGGCCUCUCAGAGAGCAGAACGGCCGAAUCGAAACUCAUGGACUCCCUACCCGGCAACUUCGAGAUAACAACUUCCACGGGUUUCCUCACAGACUUGACCCUGGAUGAUAUCCUCUUUGCUGACAUUGAUACGUCCAUGUAUGAUUUUGACCCCUGCACGUCUGCCACGGGGGCUGCUUCGAAAAUGGCUCCUGUCUCGGCAGACGAGCUCCUAAAAACUCUUGCUCCGUACAGCAGUCAACCAGUAACUCCAAAUCAGCCUUUCAAAAUGGACCUCACAGAACUGGAUCACAUCAUGGAGGUGCUUGUUGGGUCUUAAACUAUAAAAAUCUAGCAAAUUUCCUUUUUUUUUUUUCUUUUUUUCUUUUAUUCUUUUUUUUUUUCCUUUAAAUUUUAAGUACCAGUAUAUACACUCAGUAGUAUUUCCAUAGUCCCUCCCACUGCCCGAUUCACAGCACUGUGCAUGCGUUCUUGCUUGCCUUUUUUGAAAAGAAAAGGAUCACACUAGUUUUUUGCUUCAAGCAGAGUUGGAGUGCCUUCAUCUAUGUAUGACCACUUCUAAUGUAUUUUUUUUUUAAAGUGGUUCCUCAAGAAAGACCGAAUAUCCUGGUAUAGGGAAGAAUAUGUAUUGUAGACAAUGUUAUGUUACUACAAAAAAGAAAAAAAAGAAAAAAAAUUGUAAAAGCUAAGCACAAGGAUUAUGUUGGGGAAAGCUGUAAAUUGCAUGUGCAUAUUUGUCUAUUUUUUCUAUAAGUUUUAUUGCAAGAGGUAAAAAAUUUUAUUAUUUAGAUAAUCUCAAUACCAUUUUAGCCCUGUAUAGGUUGACUUAGCAAUUCAGCCUUUUGGAGGCAUUAACCUGCUCCUCUUUAAGUGUCGCAUUUACAUGGCUGUUUAGAAACUGCUGCCCAAAUUUAUUUUCUAUUUUUGUACAGAUUCUGCAGUUUAUGAUAUUGUUUUUUCUAAAAAACAAAUGCUGUUUAUACACACACAAAAAAAAAUAGCUAUUUUGAUAGGAUUUGCUCACAUAGUUCCUGCAUAAUUCAGAUGUACAAGAACCACUUGUACUUUUAUACAGAGUUGUAAUGUUUUAUAUGUGUAUGGUGCAAAGAGAAAAUUGGAUCAAAUAAGCCUGCAGUCGGUUUCCCUGAAUGCAAAGAAAAAAAAAAAAAAAAA